AUGGAUCUUGGUAGCUUGCUCCCCGGCUCCGGAGAAGAUAAGUUUCUCAGGUUGCCAUAUGCAGAGCGAUUGGAAAAGCUCAAGCCCAUUAUCGUUCAAUUGUACAUGGGAAACUAUGGGCCCGGCGGCAAGCGUAUGACAAUGCGCCAUGUAACUGAGUUCAUGAAAGACAAAUAUUCUUUCCAUAUGGCACAGAACCAGCUUGAGAAUACCCUUCGGAAAUGGAACGUGCGCAGGCGCAUCCUGAAUCAUGAGAAAGAUGAUAUUACCACCGCCCUUGGUAAAAGGACUCAUGCAGGAGCCAGUAUUUCUGAUGUUACACUUCAAGAAGGUAAACCCGUGGACAAGAAACAACUUAAAAGACAUCUGCAGGAUAAAAUUCGUCGCCAUGUUGUAGAGCCUAUGGCACCGGGGGUACUGAGUACUUGGAAUCUCCCUUAUAGCGCUCUCAAAAACUCAAUUAUCCGACAGCCCGAUAUUGCUUCACCGUUUGGAGAUACACCCUUAACUCCAAACUACAUAACAGUCAACAGUCCGGAUACCACUGGCAAGUCUCCACUAGCUAUGGCAUCACCAUCAAUGCAGCUUAUUCGUCAAAGAUUUAGGCAAGACCUGUCAAACCUACUAUUGCAAGGGCAGUUGAAGGAGCUUUUUAUAAAAUGCAGCGAAGAGGAUCGCAUUAUCUUGACAAAUUAUAUGCACGAGUUCUGGAUUCACACUUUUGUCACAGCCAAACACUGGGGACGAGGGCCCCUGCUGUGGACAAUUGAUAUGAUAGCAGAAUUGACUCUUACCCCGCCGGUGAUUCCCUCCUCAGCAACUACAACUCCAGCAAGCUGUUUUGCACCUUCGCCUCUACCGCCUCAAGAUGAAGCAACAUUUUUACCUACGCCUUCCCAGCAUUGCCGAUGGGUUAUUCAUGUCACCCACAAACAACAAUACGCUAGCAAAGAAGAAGAUAAGAUGACGAUCAAAUCCAGUCACCCUCUUGAGGAGCCGUGGUCAAAGCACAUUCACUUCUUUAUCACCUGA